AGUAACUCACCAAAGUGCCUGCAACAAUGAAGGUCCAAGUUAUAUCAAGAGAGAUCAUUAAACCCUCAGUACCAACACCUCCACAUCUAAAAAAUUUCAAGCUUUCACUUCUUGACCAACUUCUCCCUCCAUCUUAUGUUCCCAUAAUACUUUUCUACCCGGCUAGCGCUGAUCACGAACCCAUCAAUACUAUUUGUCUUCAGAGUAGUAAAUCUGAACUACUCAAAAAAUCACUAUCGGAAACUCUAACGCAGUUUUACCCCGUUACUGGUAGAAUAAAAGAUAACGUCUUAAUUGAUUGUAACGAUCAAGGUGUAGACUAUAUCGAAGCGAAAGUGGAUGGUUUAAUGUCUGAUUUUAUGAGUGUAGACGUAGUUCAUCAACUUCAUCCGUCGCAUAUUAUGCUAGAUGAUGUAGCUAAAGAAGCACAAUUAGCAGUUCAAGUCAACAUGUUUGAUUGUGGUGGAGUAGCCAUCAGUAUUAGUACGUCGCACAAGAUAAUUGAUGGAUGUACAGCAAUAACAUUUAUCUGCAGCUGGGCAGCUACCACUCGUGAAGCACCAAAACAAGAAAUUAUGUAUCCAACCUUUGACUCGGCGGAUAUCUUCCCGGCCUUACCACCAGGUGUGCAAGUAUCGACACUCGAGUCAGAUGAUUCUAUCCAUGGCGAGAACGUCGUUACGAAAGUGUUUGUAUUUACUGCUUCUAAGAUUGCUGCUCUUCGUGCACGGAUCUCUGAGUUAAGAAGUAGUAGUGGCUUAUCUAAAUAUCCGACUCGUGCCGAAGCUCUGUCAGCUUUGAUAUGGAAGUCGUUCAUCAAUACUAGUAGAGUGAAAGCUUCCCGCAACCACGCCCUCUCAGCAGCAUCAACAAAACCCAUCAUCAGAUCUAUAGCAAACUAUGCUGUAAAUUUGCGAACAAGGUUGAAUCCACCAUUGCCUCAAGUAUCAUUUGGCAAUAUUAUCAUGGAUGCAACAGCCGAGUCAACCACAACAAUUGAUCACGAAGAGGCUACUCCAGGGUUCAUUGAAACGUUAGAUAGGUUGAUAAGCGAGCUGAGACUAGGGAUAAGUAAGAUCAACGACGAUUACAUAAGGAAGUUACAAGAAGGUGAUGUUGAAUUCUUAAAAUCACUUGAUAAAGCCUCUCAUCAGCCAAACGGUCAAAAAAAUGGUGAGAAAGUUCAGAUUUGUUGGAUAAGUAGUUUAUGCAGAUUUCCGUUUUAUGAGAUUGAUUUCGGGUGGGGAAAACCAUCAUGGGUAGCUCUAAAUACAAAUGGAGAAUAUAAGAACUCUCUUUUUCUGAUGGAUGCAAAAUGUGGUACAGGUAUAGAAGCAUGGGUUAGUUUAGAAAAGGAAGACAUGGCCCUAUUUGAGGAAGAUCAAGAUCUUCUCCAAUAUGUUAAAACUAUUAACUAAACUUGCAUAACUUCAAUUCUAACCAUGUGUGUUUCUCUAGUCCAAUCUGGCUGCUUCUGUUUUUCCCUUUUUCUUUGCUAUUUGGUUUUAUGUUGUCGGAAUAUGUUCUUGUCAUUUUGUUGGAGUAUGCCUGUUGGAGAAUAAAUAAAAAAUAAGUGAGUGAAGACAA